CCCGAGGCCCCGCCCCUCCCCGGUCCCGCCCACCAGCGCCCCGCCCACCAGCGCCCCCGAGCCCCUUGACCCCGCACGCUCGCCUCCAUGUUUUCUCGCGCUGGCCUGGCCGCACUCCCCCGGCUUCUCCGCACUCUACGGCCUGCUCCUGUCGCCGCCAUGAGCACUGGCACCUUCGUGGUGUCGCAGCCGCUCAACUACCGCGGCGGGGCCCGCGUGGAGCCGGCGGACGCCUCGGGCACCGAGAAAGCGUUCGAACCGGCCACAGGCCGAGUGAUAGCUACUUUCACGUGCUCGGGAGAAAAGGAGGUCAAUUUGGCUGUUCAAGAUGCAAAGGCUGCCUUUAAAAUAUGGAGGAAAAAAUCAGGCAUGGAGCGUGGUCGAGUCCUCUUGGAGGCUGCCAGGAUAAUAAGGGAACGGAAGGAUGAGAUCGCCACCAUGGAGACCAUCAACAACGGCAAGUCCAUCUUCGAGGCGCGAUUGGACAUCGACACUUCAUGGCAGUGCCUGGAGUACUACGCGGGCUUGGCCGGGUCCAUGGCCGGUGAACAUAUCCAGCUCCCAGGCGGGUCCUUCGGUUAUACCAGGAGAGAGCCGCUUGGCGUGUGCGUGGGCAUAGGCGCGUGGAACUACCCCUUUCAGAUUGCCUCCUGGAAGUCGGCUCCCGCUUUAGCUUGUGGUAAUGCCAUGAUCUUCAAGCCCUCUCCCUUCACGCCUGUGUCUGCGCUGCUGCUGGCUGAGAUCUACACUGAGGCUGGGGCGCCUCCCGGCCUCUUCAACGUGGUGCAGGGAGGGGCCGCUACGGGCCAGUUUCUGUGUCAGCAUCGCGACGUGGCCAAGGUCUCCUUCACUGGCAGCGUGCCCACUGGCACGAAGAUCAUGGAGAUGUCAGCGAAAGGAAUCAAACCUGUUACCUUGGAACUUGGAGGCAAGUCUCCCCUGAUCAUCUUCUCAGACUGUGACAUGGAGAACGCUGUGAAGGGAGCGCUGAUGGCCAACUUCCUCACGCAAGGCGAGGUUUGCUGUAAUGGCACAAGGGUAUUUGUGCAAAAGGAAAUUCUUGAUAAAUUUACAGAGCAAGUGGUGAAAGAGACCCAAAGGAUAAAAAUUGGGGAUCCCCUGCUGGAAGAUACCAGGAUGGGUCCCCUCAUCAACCGACCACACCUAGAGCGAGUCCUUGGGUUUGUUAAACUGGCAAAGGAGCAGGGUGCUAAAGUGUUGUGCGGAGGAGACCUGCAUGUACCUGCAGAUGCCAAACUGAAGGGCGGAUAUUACAUGACACCUUGUGUGCUAACUAAUUGCAGAGAUGACAUGACCUGUGUGAAAGAAGAGAUCUUUGGACCAGUUAUGUCCAUUUUAUCAUUUGACACUGAAGCUGAGGUUCUGGGAAGAGCCAAUGACACCACUUUUGGACUAGCCGCCGGUGUCUUCACCAGGGACAUCCAGCGUGCUCACAGAGUGGCGGCCGAGCUCCAGGCUGGAGUGUGUUUCAUCAACAACUACAAUGUCAGCCCAGUGGAGCUGCCCUUCGGUGGCUACAAGAAGUCAGGGUUUGGCAGAGAGAAUGGCCGUGUGACAAUUGAGUAUUAUUCACAACUAAAGACUGUGUGUGUGGAGAUGGGUGAUGUGGAAUCUGUGUUUUGAAAACGUGCCGUGAACCCUAUUGACGUGGCCAGACUGCGGAGUGAUGGAGAUGUCCCUUGACAGGCGGUGCCCGCCACACCGUUUAAAACCAGGAUUUGGUCAUUUCAGAGAAGACAGUGGUCCAGCCUUACUCUUCGUCGCUCAGCAUCUUCUGAUGAAAAUGUGCAUAAGUGCCUUCAGAUACCAAUAAAGAAAGCUGUGAUUUUCCUCAAAGCAGAUUUCGGUGUGAUCUUCAGAACGAGCCAGUAACGCACUUCUGGGGAAGGACGACGGGGACCAAGAUUAUGCUUCGUCCGUCCCCGAUGGGCGCACGGCCUUCGUUCACUCUCUAGCUUACUUUAAAGAACGCGUUCCUUGCCAGGCCCUGGUGGGCUCAGUGGAGAUAGUUUCCGCCUAGGGACCGUAUUUAAGCUGCAGCCGCCUGUCACUCACUGUCAAUUGAGAAAGCUGACAGGAUGGAAAGAGAAGGCAUUCGAUAACUGGGCAGGUCAGUCCGUGUGAAGGUGAAGCCGCCAGAGAAAGCCCUGUUUCCCCCCGGGGCUGCGGGAAAGGAACGGUCUUCAGAGCUUGCUGUCUGUGGUACAGUUCCCUGUUCUAUGUAUCACUUACUUGUAUGCCAUGCAGUACACGGGAAUUAAAUAAAUCACACUGUUCAUCUUUG